CUCAAGAGUUGGUAAGAACAAUUAUUGGGUUGGUAGGAAUCAAGAGUGAUGCUAACCAGCCAGAAGGUGUAUGCAUGUAUGCUAGUCUAAAGGGCAUUAGGAUUCCUCCUCCUCUCACAAAACACACGGGAAACACAGGCCCUAAGAGCUUCGCCUGGUUCUUGUUCGCUUGACCGACCAUCGGUGUUUUGAUGAUUUCAGAUUCUGAAGUGCAAAAGGAGGUCGUUACAGAUCCAAAUCGAUUUCCAGCUAGGCACGUCGUUGUUUUUUGGUUUUAUGGAUAAAAGGAACAAGGAGGACACCUCAAGUUGAAGACCAAAUCCAUCUACUUGUCAUCAGCAAGCUAGCACACCCUUGUUGAUACCCAUGAGUCCAUGACUCCAUGGAAGUUCAGAAUCUCCGUAAGGCUUCUAAUGGUCUGAUAUUCUGAACUGCACGAGGAGUUCACCUAGAUCAACCGGAUCUAAGCCAUUACGAGACUGGCUAUCUCAGCACCAUAAGCACAGUAAAGAUUUCUUCUGGAAGAAGGACAAACUUCUUUAUUUCUUCUGGAAGAAGUGCAAAAGGCUAGCUGGCAGUGGCUAUUCUGAUGAUACUGAGUAAAAUAUACAACUAGACCCCUCCACCAACGGUGAGACAUUAGCAAUUCUUAGAAAGAAAUGGCUGAGAUUGUGAUUCUUCUAGCCAUUAAAAAGAUCGGAGUUGCCUUGGCAAAGGGAGCGGUAGACCAGGCCAGUGUGCAGUUUGCAAGGUACAGGACACAACUACUAGAGCUUCAAGGCAAUAUGGGUCGUGUUGCCAGGGAGCUUCGCAUAAUGCAUGAUGUUCUCUGCCAAAUGGACAUUCGGAACCGCAACAAUCAAGUAUAUGAGGGCUGGUUGGAGGAGGUACGGAAAGUAGCACAUGUGAUGGAGGACAUGGUGGAUGAGUACUUGUAUCUAGUUGGUCAAGAACAUGAUAUAGGUUGUUUCUUUUUCCUGAAGAAAGGGAUAAAAAAGCCAAGAUCUUUACUUUCUUUGAACCAGAUAGCUUUCAAGAUAAAAGAAAUAGAGAAAGACCUUACACACCUGUCAGAGACGAAAAACCGAUGGGUUAUCCUGAUAAAUAACGGAGAUACUAACAACUCAAAUUACAUCGUCAAGAGGGCACAAGAUCUAGCGAAUAUUUCACGCUCGCUUGAUGAUGAAGAUCUAGUGGGGAUGGAUGCCAGCGGAGAAAAACUUGAGAAGUGGUUGGAAAGUGGUGGUAUGGAACGCUUUGUGAUAGCAUUGCUUGGAAUGGGAGGGCUUGGUAAAACAACUUUAGCUGCAAAUAUCUACAAGAAAGUGAGAGAUAAAUUUCAAUGUCAUGCUUGGGUCUCCAUCUCUCAAACUUAUUCCAGAGAAGAUGUCUUGAGGAAUAUUAUCAAAGAACUUUUCAAAGAUAAAGUCAGCAUUCAAUCAAACACUGAGGUUUUGAACAUCACACGCCUUGAAGAGACAGUGAAAAAUUUUCUAGAGCAAAAAAAGUAUUUGAUCAUAUUGGAUGAUAUUUGGACUCCAGAAGCAUUUGAUGAUUUAUCUAGGGUACUUAUUGAUAAUGAUAAGGGUAGUAGAUUGAUGAUCACAACAAGGGAAGCCCAUGUUGCCGCACUUGCCUCAAAAGGGCAUAUCUUAACACUGGAAGCUUUACCAGAAGACAAGGCAUGGGAUCUCUUUUGCAAGAAAGCCUUUCCAAGCAAUGUAAAACCUAGAAACGGAGCAUGGAAGGGGCUGGGUGGGGAGUUGAUGGAACAACGGGUGUUGGGCUUCACGGGAUUAAGAUUUUUGACCCAAAUGUUAGAUAAAUGUUCCCUUGGUUACUUGGGUUGGAUAUGUGAUACAUCCCUCAUGGCACCGUCCGGCAUGCCCCUGCUUCCAAGAGAUACAAAUCAUGACUGUCCUCCGGAGUUGAAGCAUUUGUCAAAGGAAAUAGUUAACAAGUGCAAAGGCUUGCCUCUUGUUAUUGUGUUAGUUGGUAGCCUUUUGCGUGUGCGUGAGAAAACUGUGGAAGAAUGGAGAAAAAUAAAUGACCAAUUGGGUUGGGAGCUAAUUAACAAUUCGAGGUUCGAUCACAUAAGGAAUGUUUUGCAUCUGAGUUUCAUGUAUCUUCCAACACAUUUGAAAAGUUGUUUCCUGUACUGCAGUUUAUUUCCAGAAGACUAUAUUUUCAAAAGGAAAGAACUUGUACGAUUAUGGAUAGCAGAAGGGUUCGUCGAGGAGAGGGGUGAAAGCACAUUAGAAGAAGUGGCAGAAGGCUAUCUAAAGGAGCUGAUUGAUAGAAACAUUCUACAACUUGUUGAGAGGAACACAUUUGGUAGGAUGAAGGAAUUCAGGAUUCACGAUAUCUUACGUGAACUCGCAAUGGACUUGUGCAAGAAGAAUAGUUUUGGUGCUGCCUAUGACAAAAAAUGUGCUGGGUCUCUUGAGAUGGAUGGGCGACGAUUGGUAUUCCACAACCUAAAGAACGAUAGUGAUCAGUUAAUUUCUGGCAUACACCAGCUUCGUACAGUUAUCACACUAGACAAUAGUAUGCCUUUAUCUACUAUAACUCAGCUAUGCACGGGGUCAAGAUAUAUGACAGUGCUAGUAUUAAGUGGUCUACCCAUCGAGAAGAUUCCAGAUGCUAUUGGGGAUCUUUUUAAUCUCCGCCAUUUGGGUUUGCGUUAUACAAAAGUGAAGAAGCUCCCCAAGUCUGUUGAGAAGCUUUCAAAUUUGUUGACACUAGACCUCUAUGAAUGUGACAUACAUGAAUUGCCUAGAGGGAUUGUGAAACUGAAGAAGCUUAAGCACUUAUUGGCUGAGAAAAUAACAGAUCCAGAUUGGAGAGAGUUUCAUUGUCGUGGGGGUAUGCGUAUCACCAAUGGCCUUGGAAAUCUAAAAAAUCUGCAAACGCUACAGGCAUUGGAAGCAAAUGGCGAGUCUGUUAAAUAUUUAGGUGAGUUGAGGCAACUCAGAAGCUUGAGGUUAUGGAAUGUGAAGGGAAUCUACUGUGCACGCAUCAUUGAGUCUAUAGUUCAGAUGCGAUAUUUGUCCACCUUAAGUGUUAAUGCAAGUGAUGAGAAUGAGGUUCUCUUGUUGAAUGUCUGCCUACCAAACCUGCAAAAGCUUUUUUUGAGAGGGCGAUUAGCGGAAGGGGCAUUGGACGAGUCUCCUCUCUUCCAAGCUGCUGAGGGGCAAACCUUAUAUGAAUUGGCUCUAUUUUCGUCAGAGCUAAGAGAAGACCCCUUGCCAUCUCUUUCUCGGUUGUCAAACUUGACACGUCUAGAGUUCACUAGAGCAUAUAAUGGAGAGCAGCUGACAUUUCUCACCGGGUGGUUUCCAAAGCUGAAGGUUCUUCAACUAGUGGACCUGCCCAAUCUGAAUCGAGCAGAGAUACAGCAAGGUGCCAUGGCGAGCCUGGAAAGAUUAGAGUUAUUCAAACUCAGCAGCAUGACAGAGGUCCCAACUGGCAUUGAGUUCCUCCUGCCACUCCAGUAUCUUGGCUUCCAUGAAAUCACCAGCGACUUUUUGACGUUGCUGUGCCAAUGUUCUGAAAUUCAAGGGUCACAGUGGCAGCACUCUAUCCGAGAUUGACCUGACACACUGGUCAGGAAAUGUGUAGGAUUCCAGGUUGCCGGCCGGAAUAUUUGGACCAUGUGGAGAUUCGACUCAAUGCAUCUCAACAUACAUAUCCAGUGAUAUCACACCUUCCACGUUUCCUCUGCUUUAUCAAGAUGUACUACUGCACCAUUUGCUGCUAGUUCGGUCUCCACUGCGUAUGGUGCUCUUCACUUCUGCUGCUGCUGAGUGCUGAACUGCUGAUACUGAUGUUACUGUUCAUGCGCUUGCUUCUUAAGUGCGAUAAUAUUGCCUAUUGAUUGAUUCUGGUUGUGGGUUUUAAAUAAGAAAAAAACUUAUUGUAAGAUGGAGACUGAGUCGUGUACUCGUGUUUCCAUUUGCAGGCUAAUUUUCUUGUUACCUGUCCGAACUAUAUAUGUACUGCUAUUCAUUCGUGUGUUCUUGUUUCAGCUGUGCUUGUUAAAUGAAAGACGUGAUUUAUGAUUCAUAAUGCUCAGACAUCAGAUUUUCUUCUCAAGGAAUUG